UAGACUCCUGAAAGGAAAAAAAUCCCCCUAGUGGCAGCUCCAGAGGCUGGGUGUAUCAGCACGGUGAAGAAGAGGCUGUGUUUGGAUUAGGGGGUUGGGCUGCCUGCUGGUAGGAAACCUGCCGCCAGACAUCCAGUUUGUCUCCGGCGGUGCAGUGUUGCUUUCCCGCAGCAUCAGCAGCAGCGACACCGCAGCGCAGCCUCCAGCCUCACCUGCUCCUCAUCUGCGCUUCCCUCCGCCUCCGUCCAGACACAAACACUGGCGCAGCACAGAGGAAACGGACGGACAAGGACGAUCAGCUGAGCAGUCUUCAGGGAAAUAAGGGAAUAUAUAAGGGCAGUGAAAGAUGGUGAAACUGGGGAGUAAUCUUCAAGACAAAGGGGCCAAACCUGUGAGCGUGGAGGACGGCUUUCAGAACGUGCCCCUCAUCACUCCACUGGAUGUUGGCAGCCUCCAGAGCCAAGCACCUGACAAGGUGGUGGUGAAAACUCGCACAGAGUACCAAACAGAGAAGAAGAGGCUGAAGGUUCCCAAGGUGGAGGAGUUCACCAUCAGCUUUACUGACGGGGUGUCUGAGAGACUUAAGGUGACAAUUCUGAUCAUCCUGGCCCUGGCCUUCCUCGCCUGCAUCGUGUUCCUGGUGGUUUAUAAAGCCUUCACCUAUGACCAUGCCUGCCCAGAUGGAUUCAUUUAUAAGCACAAGCGGUGUAUCCCAGCCUCUCUGGAGGCCUACUAUGCUGCCCAGGAUGCCAACUCUAGGGGCCGUUUCUACACAGUGAUCAGCCACUACAGCAUGGCCAAGCAGACCACUUCGCACUCUGUCUCCCCCUGGCUGCCUGGAGAGGCAGGGGGGCAGCAGCACGGCGCGAAACCCCCGAGUGGCGAGGGCCACUGAGUUAGCUGAAUGGUUAAAGGGUGUUGUAAACACAUACAGACACAUGCAGACAUGAAGAAAUACAGACACAGGCAGAAAUAGACACAGACACACACAAACAUGUAGGUGAAUAUUUAGAAAAUAUAGACAAAAGAGACGUACAUAAACACAACAGCUACAUAUGUAAUACCAAUAUAGAGUGAAAACAUGCAUGUAGACAUAAAAGACACACAAGUCUUUACCUUGACUGCCCAUUUAUGUGCUCACUCUCUUAUGGGGGGGCAUUUCCCAUUAAACCUUUGCUCUCUUGGGAUUAUCAUUGUCUGCUGAUACACUCUCACAUACACAAAAACACACACAGUCUGCUCUCUCGUUACCAUGUUUACUCCCUUCCUCUAAGUUAUUAUUUAUUGACUGUCAUGAUAUAUUUAUUUUUUACUGUAAUGUGUGGAUGAUUUGUAUGUGAUUAUCAGGCAACUCUUUGUACAAAGGCACAAGUCAGUGCUGAAUUUCAAGCUUCUUCUUUGUGAAAUUCUCUGGAGUUUGGAGUCUUUUUUUUUUCUUCAAGUGUGUAUACUGUAGUUAUAUAUAUUCAUUCACAGCCCCUUUUCUUUUCUUGCCUUUCUUGUCCAAACUGUGUAACCUCAGGCACGCCCGUCACACACACACACACACACACACACACACACACACACACACACACACACACACACACACAUAGAUCACUUCAUAUAUUGCAAUCCAAAAAAUGUCAGUAUGGUCUUGUAUUGCUGUAACACAUUUUUAAACACAAAAUUUCAGCUGUACAGUCUGAGGAAGGUUUGACACCAGUGUCCACAUCCUGAGUUGACUGAAUGAAUUUUUCCAUCAUGGCUGUUUGAUAACUCAUAUACAAUGUGCUGUACUAUACAUUUUAAAUCCUGAAAUCCCUCAGUGACCCAAGCUGUAAAUACAACUGUGCGUUCAAGCUAGUUUUUUGUGUGUGUAUGCAUUGUAGUAGCUUUUAUUAGAAGGUUGUUUUUUUUUAAAGACCUGCAAUUCAUUCAUGCGAGUUACUCACACAUUGCUUCUGCUGGUCUUGUACUGUAGCUCCAUUAAACACAAUGUUGCAGAUGGAAAAGGAAAUACCAUGCAUAUCACCGUCUCUUGCCAAAACUCUUAUUUUCCGCUGUGUUUUUGUUACAUUUAUCGAUGGGCUUCAACUGGAGCCAAGUUUUGUUCCUCUACUGUUCUUUUUCAUUUUGUAAUGUUGGAUCUGUUGUCAAGAGCGCUUUUAUGAGAUAUUGUGAUGUUGUUAGUUGAUAAGUAGCGAUACUUGAUGUAAUUUAUCAGUGUGCAUCCUUGUCCCUCUUGGUUUGAAUUCAAAAUAAAACAAGCUGUGACCUGU